CCCAUCAGCUUCUCAUUCUCCCUAAAACCAACAACUCCUUUUCCCCAUUUCUCUUCCAAACUUCCCUCCCUCACUCUCUUAUCAUUUUCUUUUCUCCCCUUCCCUCCCUCCCGCGCCGCCGCCGCCGCCUCCCCCUCCGCCUUCUUCUUCUCCCUCCUCCCCUCCGCCGCUCCUCCAAUCUUACACUCCACUCCCUCGCUUCAUUCGCCAUUCCCCCACUCUGCUCCCGAUUCCUCCACCUAUUCCUACUUCACCCAAAUUCGAAUCGACCGAGUUUGUUUUGUCAGCGGUUCGCUCUCCCAACCAUUGCCAACCCCGUUCUACCCUUAUUCCUGCGACCUAGCUUCUUCUUCAACUUACUCCCGCGGUGGCUGCAGCUGACAACCGCCAUUGACGGAGUUUCUAAGGUUCUCCUCCCUUGCUUUCCUCCGUUCUCUCCCUUUGUCGGGUUUUGCAAUGACUGUUCUCAUACCGAUGCUCUAUUUGAUUUUUUUCCCCCAGAAGGAGAGAUUUUUGUUUUAUAAUUUUUUUUGGGUGCGAGAAAAGCUCAUUAGCAUCAAGAACAACCAAAAAAAUUGACGAUGAAGUACGUGCUUGUGACUGGAGGAGUGGUGAGCGGACUCGGGAAAGGAGUGACCGCCAGCAGUGUCGGCGUCAUUCUGAAGGCUUGUGGACUUCGAGUUACUGCUAUCAAAAUCGAUCCUUACCUGAACACUGAUGCUGGAACAAUGUCACCUUUUGAGCAUGGCGAGGUGUUUGUCCUUGAUGACGGGGGUGAGGUGGACCUUGACCUUGGAAACUAUGAGAGGUUCCUUGAUAUCAAACUGACGAGGGACAAUAACAUCACUACUGGAAAGAUAACACAGGCUGUCAUCGAUUCAGAAAGAAGAGGAGACUAUCUGGGAAAAACUGUACAGGUUGUUCCUCACGUCACAGAUGCCAUUCAAGACUGGAUACAGCGUGUUGCUCAGGUACCUGUAGAUGGAACGUCAGACCCCGCUGAUGUCUGUGUCAUUGAAUUGGGCGGAACUAUAGGGGACAUAGAAUCCAUGCCAUUCAUCGAGGCUCUGGGCCAAUUAUCCUAUCGAGUUGGUGCUGGAAACUUAUGUCUCAUUCAUGUUAGUCUUGUUCCUGUCCUGAAUGUUGUUGGCGAACAGAAAACAAAACCAACUCAGCACAGUGUUCGGGGACUAAGAGGCCUUGGUUUGACUCCGGAUAUCUUAGCUUGUCGCAGCACAUCGGCGCUUGAAGAUAAUGUAAAACAGAAACUUGUGCAGUUCUGCCAUGUUCCGUCAGAAAACAUAGUCACUCUGUACGAUGUUCCCAACAUUUGGCACAUUCCUCUAUUGCUAAGGGAUCAGAAAGCUCAUGAAGCCAUAUUGAGAGUUCUAAACCUUCACUGUGUAGCCAAGGAGCCUGACCUAAAGGAAUGGACAGCUAGGGCUGAACUUUGUGAUGCUUUGCAUGAACCGGUUCGAAUCGCUAUGGUCGGGAAGUAUACAGGUCUUUCAGAUGCAUACCUUUCUGUUCUAAAGGCUCUCUUGCAUGCAUCUGUUGCUCUCCAGAAGAAACUUGUUGUUGAUUGGGUUCCGGCUACAGAUCUAGAAGAUGAAACAGUACAAGAGAACCCUGAUGCUUAUAAAGCUGCAUGGAAGUUGCUCAAGGGUGCGGAUGGGAUUCUUGUUCCUGGAGGAUUUGGCGAUAGAGGUGUACAAGGGAAAAUUCUUGCAGCAAAAUAUGCGCGGGAGAACCGAAUCCCUUACCUUGGCAUUUGCCUUGGCAUGCAAAUUGCUGUCAUUGAAUUUGCAAGAUCUGUUCUCAAUAUGCAAGACGCUAAUAGCACAGAGUUCGACACUCACACCAAGAAUCCGUGUGUCAUAUUUAUGCCUGAGGGCUCAAAAACCCACAUGGGUGGUACCAUGCGACUGGGGUCAAGGAGGACUUAUUUCCAUGUGGCUGACUGCAGAUCUGCAAAGUUAUAUGGAAGCAAAACUUACGUUGAUGAGAGGCACCGGCAUAGAUAUGAGGUGAAUCCUGAUAUGGUAGCACGUUUUGAAGAUGCUGGGCUCUCCUUCACUGGCAAGGAUGAGACUGGGCAACGCAUGGAGAUCAUUGAGCUGUCCAAUCAUCCAUAUUACGUUGGUGUUCAAUUCCACCCAGAAUUUAAAUCGAGACCUGGAAAACCGUCUCCAGUGUUCACAGGUCUGAUAGCAGCAGCAUGCGGACAACUGGAGGGUGUGUUACAACAAAGCCACAGGGUAAGCAAUGGAUUCGAGAAAACCAACGGAGUUGGGAAUGGCAUCGCGAAAAUAAGCGUUUACCAAACCGGACAUGCCACUAAGUUUGCGAAAAUGACGACAACAAAUGGAAACGGUAUCUAUAGCAACGGGAUGCACUUAUAGAAAAGAGCACUUUUUUUUCCAUUUGUUGUAGGAUCCUCCGUGUUUUCCUGUCGUUAUUUUUCUUUCUUAUUUCCCUGUUCCAUGAAGAAGAAGAAGAAGAAGAAAAAGGUAGAGUAAGUCUGCUGCUGAGACUCUUUUAUUUAGGUGGGUUUCAUAGGGUUGCGGUUGUACAGUUGAAAGUAAAAUGUGUGAGGCUUGCUGAUGAGUUAGUAGGGCACCGUUAACGGUCUUUUGAGAAGGUCCUUUGAUAUAGAGAAGAGUUUGAGAUAGCGAGAGAGAAGGAAGGAUAUGGCGGGAGAAUUGGGACAGUGCUGGAUUCCUGGUCUUUUUUAUGGGACAGACUGUCAUAUUGUUAUGUUAUACUACCCCUUGGGCUGCUGUCGGCUGUUUUGCUCCGAGAUUCAAUGAUAAUGUUCUAAGCUUGAAACUAAUAUAUUGAGUUUCAGUUGCCUUCUAUUCAGAGUUAUUGUCAGUCUGCCUUUGUGAUGAACUGAAAUUACCAUUUGUUUGUAUCGUUACCCUCGAAAGGGUUCUGUAAAGCAAGUGAAACCAGACGGCCUGGUAAGCGCCGAAUUGGAGUAUUGUGAGUGAAACCAGACAGCAUGGUAAGCGCCGAAUUGGAGUAUUGUGUUACUAGCUUUUAACAUUAAUAAUAAUCAGUUAAUAUAAUAAUUCACAAAUUUUUUCUAUUGAUUAAUAUUUUAAGUUGAGGCAAUCAAUUUUUAGUUACAAAUUUGUGUUGCUAGUAUAGAAUUCACUCCAAGUUCAUCUAAUAUUUACUCAAACCGAUGAAAUAAAAAGGUGACCAAUCAUAGAUCAAGUGUUAAACACAUAUGAAGAAUAUUAAUUUUAUUGUGAACUUGUAAAAAAAUCAUCAAUUAUUUUAUAUGCAUUAGGUAUUAAAAUGAAUUUUAUUUAACUAAUUAAAUAUUUCAAAUUAUUGUUUGGAACUUGUUGUUUUUUAGUUUGAAUCUUAAUAAUGAUUAUUUACAUGCAUAUUUAUUCUUAACUGAAUUUGAACGUAAUAAAAAAAUUUAAAAAUUAACCAAUUGACAUUGCAAGCCUCAAUGCCUUCAUAAUUGAGAUGUUCUUUUUCUGAACUUGAGAAUUGAGAUAUUGCAAUGAUGUUCUAACUUAUUGUGAGAACUUACACAUGGGAUCAAAUCCAAAGUUUCUAAAUAUUUCAAAAUUUUCCAUGGCUAUAAAACAAAUAUUAAUUAUAAAUAGUUAAAAAACAAUUAGUAUUAUUGUUUGGAUGUAUAAACAAUUUUUUGGUGU